AUGGAUGUGGGUGUUUUAUCAGUGGUAGUAUGGUUGCUGCCAGCGGUGGUGUUGGGCGGAGUCCUACGCGACGACAUUGAUUUUCAGGAUGACCCUUGUCGUACAUACAGUCAGGAUGGCCUUUGGUUUUUAGACUGUUCAGAUCGGGGCCUGACUGAAUUACCCGAUAAUUUGAACUACGAUGUGCAGGUGCUAGUACUGGCUAAUAACAACUUUAUUUCAUUCCCGAAACAACUUGAACAGUUUUCCGAUCUCCAUACACUUGAUAUGUCUGGCAAUCGUCUCUCUACCACACUGCCUGCGUAUAUAGAAUCGUUACAGUCACUAAAGGUCCUUAAUUUAUCAAACAACAAUUACGAUACUUGGCACGCUAGUCAGAGAACCUUCAAUUUCAAUAAGUUGGAUCUUUCUAAGAAUAAAAUAAAUGGAAUAGAAGAAGAUGCUUUCGCGAGGAUGCGUAACCUUUCUUUUUUGGAUUUAUCCGAAAAUAGACUGAACGACCUACCGAAAACUAUGUUCUCCCAUGCAACUCAUCUAUUUGAACUUAACCUAUCGAGAAAUUACUUUUUAUCGGUGCCACAGUUCCAGUCCCAGUAUUUACGAAUUCUACAUCUUAGCAACUGUCAAAUUGCCGGCUUCCACAAAACCGCUAUUUCUGAAAUGACGUCACUGCUCGUGCUUGAUCUCUCAAUCAAUCAGAUUGAAUCCAUUCCUGAUGAUUUUGAAUCAUUAACAUUACAAGAUCUAAUACUAAGCUACAAUGAAAUAAAUAUGUUAACGGACAACACAUUCUCGUCACUACCGCAUUUAGCGGUUUUAGAUCUGAGAGGAAAUGCAUUCAAAGAAGUCUGGUUGACCUCCUAUUUUUCCUCAAAUCCCUUUUUGAGGAGUGUUUAUGUGAAGGGGAACCGGUGGAGCUGCGAAGGGUUCAGUGUGAACUUGCUCCUCACUUAUGACUUUUUGACAAAAGAACCGGCUAAAGUGAACGACAAGGCUUCGUUAAUAUGCUAUUCACCUUCGAAUGUAACACAGCUAUCUUGGCAACAGGCUUAUAUUAGGACGUGGCAUGCAGACGAUAGCUCUGGCAAUGGCUACACAUUUAUGGCUGUCAUGAUAGGUGUAAUUAUAGGAAUUGUAUUGACAUCGUUUGUGUGUCGUAGCUUGAUGUAUAUAAAUAAGCCAGAUCCAUCUCGAACUACUGCGAAUACUGUUUUAAAUGGCCCUUCAACCCCAGCCGUCAAUAAUGAUACAGAAACAAGAAUACCGUUAAGAGUUACGAAUCGUGAUGAUUUACCUCCUACUUACGAUGAGGCAUUGCUUCUGCCGCAAUUAACCUCAUCGUUUCAUUCACUUCCAGACUUUGUUGAUGCAGAAGAGAAUUUAAGGAGAAAUCGUAGAUCCAGGUCUAUUGGUGAUUUAACAGAUCCGAGGCCACGUUUAGGUGAUAGACGUUCAACUCGACGAACGAUUCGUUUGAAUUCAAACGUUGAAACCAGAGAAAAUUCCUAA